UAGCUGAUCUAUUAAUUGGUGGAAGAUUUAUGAUCUCAGACAGUCAGCCAUCACAGCAUUAAUUUUGGGUGUCCAGGAUCUCUGUCCCUAGAAGCAUUAACACUAUCUGUAUGAAGUCAUGAAGUAGCAGGAAAUAAAGCAGGAUAAAUGUUAGGGAGCAGUCAGGUUUGUUAGGAAUAGUCAAGGAAUGGCAAGAAGAAUGACAGAAAGACAGGGUGACUAGAAUAUGAAGAAAGUUCUUGGCCCAAAAUGUCAACUAUUUAUUUAUUUCCAUAGAUGCUGCCUGACCUGCUGAGUUCCUCCAGCAUUUUUGUGUGUGUUACUAGCUUUUCCUCUGCCUUUGAUUUCUAUGACAGAUGACUUGAUCACAGAGUCAAAUGUUAAUGAUGGGAAUAAUGUUAGCAUCACUGCACUGAAGAGAACAACUGAAGGAGUUAAAAGUGAAAAGAAACUUAUUGGAAGUAGAGAAAUGGCUUACCGGAAAGUGGAUCAGAGGUUUCCAUUGCACACUCAGGAUCUGGAUACUGAGGAGCUUCCAGUCACUUCUCUGGAAUUAGAAUGGGACAUGGAAAAGGAACUAGAAGAAAGUGAAUUUGAAGGUUUUGAGCAAGAUGAUUCUAGGCAGCACCAUCUGGUAAACACCACUGGAAACAAUGAGCUUGACAUUGAAUUUGUGGAACCUUCAGCAUCACCACGGGGAAGAUUCGAACGCCUCGAGGAAGAGUGUGAUUAUGUGGCAGAAGCAAGAACAGCACCGAAAACUCGGCAGAGCAGCUUUCCUCAGAAGGCAAAACUCCUUGUUGCAGGGAUUGCUAUAUUUAUUUGUGGUAUUCUAAUAGGUUACUAUGGAUGGAAAGGUACCUCAGAAAACAUUUUGGAAAAUAAUUUAACAGUGACGACACCACCUGAACCCUCAGCUGCAGCACCUGAUGAUAGUAAAAUCUCUCAGGAUGUCCUUCGAGAAAUCAAUGGGUACAGUAUCAGGAAAUUUUUUAGGAAUUUUACAUUACUUGCUGCUGAGUCAAGCGAAGGGGGAUCUGUGACACAUAUAAUGGAACAGUGGACUGCAUCUGGUUUAACAGAGAUCCGCUUAGUGAAUUACACAGUUCUUCUCAGCUUGCCUGAUGCAGACCAAAACAAAAUCAUUUUGAUGAACAGCAGCCAAUGCUUUUAUCCCAGUGGACAGCAAUGCAGUACUCUACCCUCAGCCCCACGUGGGACAAAGGAGAAGAAUGACCUUCUUUAUUCCUAUGCAGCAUAUUCUGCCAAAGGAUCUCUGGAGGCGGAGAUCAUAGAUGUACAGUAUGGAACAGUUGAUGAUUUGCUCCGACUUCAAUCAAGUACCAAUGUUACCAAAAAAAUUGCACUAAUUAAACUUGGACAGGCACCUUUACUGUACAAGCUGUCUUUGCUGUUGGAGGCUGGUUUUGGGGGAGCUUUGGUCUACAUCGAUCCCUGUGAUUUACCCCAAAGGGAGAAGAUUGGCAAUGAAACAUUUUGGCUUUCUCUAAACCCUGGAGGAGAUCCAUCUACUCCAGGAUAUCCCAGUGUUGGUGGAAGCUUCAGAGAGCAUCACACUGAUCUCACAUCGUUGCUGGUCCAGCCAAUUGCUGCAUCUUUGGCAAAAUCACUUCUUUCUUCCAAUGAGGCGACAAACAGAAAUCGAUGUAUUCAUCUCACAAAUUCAAGUAAAGUUAGAAAAACCAUCAAGCUGGAAGUGGGCAAAGUCUCUGAAUAUAGGACAAUACAGAAUAUAAUUGGCUCCCUUAAAGGAUCCAUCAACCCAGAUAAAUAUGUUAUUGUUGGUAGUCACCAUGGCAACAAGGAAGAAAUGUGGACCAGCAGCACUUCCAUUAUUACUGAGAUAAUCAAAGCUAUAAUGUCCCAAGUUCAGAAGAGGCAAUGGCGCCCAAACCGGAGCAUUUUAUUUUGUUCCUGGGGAGGAAGUACAUUUGGCAACAUUGGCUCAUAUGAGUGGGCAGAGGAGAUGGAACACAUUUUACAGAAUAAUGCUGUGGCUUAUAUCAACCUAUUCAAACCUGUUGUGGGAAAUAGAAGCUUGAACACUGUUGCAUCUCCUUCACUUCGGCAACUAGCAACUGAUGUUAUACACAAGAUAUUUUCUUCAAAUUGCACAAGUCAAGAACAGUGUUCAGAAAGAAAGGUCAACUCAAUUCAGGUGGAAGGAAACAGUGAUUUCUUCAUAAAUCAUCUUGGAGUGCCAACUGUUCAAUUUGCAUAUCAAGAGACAAGAGCAUCAUUGGGACCGAGAUUUCUGUCUGAAGCUCUUGUGGUUCAUGAUGCAUCAAUAGCAGAAGCUGUAGAUCCUUUCUUUAUUCUUCAUGAAACUGUUGCUAAGUUAACAGCAGAAAUGAUUCUGUGUAUAGCCAAUGAGCCAGUACUCCCUUUCAAUGUUUUGGAUGUAGCCCUGGAGGUUCAAGAACAACUGAAAGAUGGAAGUAUUGCUUCAGAUCAAAUGCUGACACUGGCCAGUGCCCUGAGAGAAACUGCACAACUUUUUCAAUCAGAUGAAAUGCGCCCAGCUAAUAAUCCAAAAGAGCAAGACCCUGCACAUCUGAGAAUGUUGAAUCAUGUGCUGCAAAACGUAGAGAAAAACUUCCUCGUCCAAUGGGCUCCUCCAGGAUAUUUUAGAAAUAUCCUGUAUCACCUUGAUGAGUCAUCAAAUCAGUUUUCUAUCUUAGAAGAAGCUCUUAACCACUCAAGACUUCAGCAGUCAAACCAAACUCUAUCUUCAGUUCUGUCUGUUGUGAUGAACAGCAUUAGAUCUGCUCAGGUUUAUUUAAAAGCAGGUUUGGAUGUAUUUGAGAAUAUUCAAAAUCCAAAAAAACAAGCCAAUUUGUAGAAAUGUGCAAUGGUUAAAAGAGGAACAUUUUCCUCUUCAAAGAUACAUUCCUGAGAAAGGUGGUGUCCAAAUUUGCCAAAGGACUUGCAGUCACUUACAACAGGAAUUGAAAAUGGUGCCCAUUUCAAAUGAUAAAAGUACCAUAUGAUGGUGAUAUUCACUGACAAGUGGCAGUUAUUACAACCCAACUGAGUCAGACUCAGUAUUUGCGGUCAUAGGUUAAUGAUAUAAUGGCAACAGAUAAUAUUAAUGUUGAAAUCAGGUCAUAGAAUGACUAGAUAUUUCCAGUCUUCAAAGGCUGUUUUCUUCCAGGUUGUAAAGUUUUGUAUAAAGAGAUCUACAUUACUAGAAAUAAUUCAUUCAGUCCAUUUUUUUAAAAUGACCAUUGGAACCAAUGAAUGUUGUAUAAGUGCUUAAUUAUUUCAUUAUAAAAUACCUCAAAAUGGGCAAUUAAUGAAGUGACAAGGUCUUGUGAGAUUUUUCUUUGGUUAUAGAAUAUUAUGUGCCUUCCAGAUUGAAGUGUAUGUUAUCAUGUGUAUGAAGAGUAUUAUUCAUUGCAACCUGUGGAAUAACGCCAUAAAGUGGCAUACUUUUGUAAAGCCAAUACUUUGUAUAAAACAGAGGAACCACUUAUUUUUAACUCAACAAGUACAACAGGUAAAAACUAUAUUUUUUUCAAAUUAAUCUGCAAAAGUACACUAUUGUGAUAAUAUCUGCUGUAGCUGAACCAUUAUAUUUUGACAAUUGAAUGAAUGUUGAGAAAAUGAAUAUUCACAACGUAUUUAAUUUUUUUAUAUAUCAGAAAGUACAUACUCAACCAAGGUUGGAAACAACAAGAAGAUAUUUUUUUAUUCAAUAAUGUCCAAUUUUCAGAGUAUUUCUGUAACACUUCGGUAGUGAUUUGUGUUCAAAAAUAUUUCAUAGUUGUAAUGGUUGUCUUCUAUUUGUUAAGGUUGAAGUAUAUACAUUACCUGUUGUGAAUACAUUGAAAGAUCACAAAAGCUCCAACUGAGAACUGACAGAAGUGCAAUCCUGCCAAUCCAAUUUCCUACAGAACUGUGGAAAAAUAACUGCAAACCACCUCUCACACAUUUGCCAAUGAUUUUUAAUGUCCUCAUUAAAAAAAUCUCAUCAAGGCAACAUUGUGAGAUAUAAUUUUUGCAUUCAUCAUCAUCUUGAUUAUUGUUAUUAAGAGCUAAAUAGAGAUAUUGAUAGUUACUGAUCUGAAAUUAUGAUUCUUUUAAUACUUCCUGAUGUCCAAAAGAAGUUAUGCACCUCAUAAACAUUAUUGAAGAAUAAGUAAUCAUGUAAUGUUUGGAAAAUGACUAAAACAAUUAACUUCAAAAGGUAUAUUUUUCCUUAAAAUAACUUUUUGCAUAUUGAUAUCUGUUCUCACACAAAAUGCUUACAAGAAUGAAAUAACAAUUUAAUGUUUUCUAAAUCUCAUGUAAUUUCUGCUUAUAGUUGCAAUGUCCCAGGCUAUUGUCUACAUUUUAGGUUACAAAAUAUGAAGUAAAGGCAAGUUAGCAAAUCUGAUAUAAUACUAUAAUGAGAUAAUUAGCAAAUACUGUAAGCAGAAUGCAAUGCAUGGCAUUAUUGCCUGCAAUAACAUACUAUACAGAAAUAAUAGUGCAUAUCCAUAACAUUGCAAAGAAAGAACCUGAUAAAGUUAUUGAAUAAUGAGAACGAAAUAAUUAUGUGGAACAAAUACAAUAAAAUUAAAUAUAGAAUAUCUACAUUACAAUGCAGUACAGAGAGGAAACUAGCAAAAGGCAGUUCAUGCUGUAUAAUUUAACUUUAAUAAUAAGUAUUAUUGCCUGUCUAAUAAUAACAUAAGACAAAUUUCCUCUGCAAUAGUUUAAUUUCUAUUUUAAUGUACGUGUAAUAAAUGUUUUUGUUUAUUUUGAAAAAUUGGCUUUUAAGGAAAUUGGUAUUACUGCAUUUGACAAAAAUUUUCUGAUAAUAUGGACAAUCUCAUAGAAAUCCUGAAUCUGACUUUAUAAAUUGGCAGAAUGCAAAUUGGGAAUGAACAGGUGCUGCAAUUGUAUAUUUUAUGGUAAUUCAUAAGUUGUCUGUGCUCAUUUCAGGACUAAGUUAUUGCACUAUGGUCUUCAGCCUCUUUUCUGCCAGGGUAAGCAAUUUAUUAGAUUCCAAUAUCUUCUUCCUAUAUCAGGGGACAAGAUAAAGAGGACACACUAGACAUUUUUCACACCCAGUUUUGCCACAGGGUUCCUUGGCUUCCUCUUCAAACAUAACUACACCAUUGUUUUUCAUAAAUGCAGGGCCAGGAAAGAAUUUUGCAGACUUCCCAUAUUAUUCCCAAAAAUUUGCCAAAUCAACCUUCCAACACUAUUUAUCAGACAUGGGUUCAAGUACAUCUCAGUAAAUAUCCUUACCUUUCCCUACCCAGUAGGACUGGAGGUCUGUAUUUUUGAAUUUUUUACCAUUUCUCCCCACACCACUUAGAUUAAAGAUAAUCUGUAGAGCAACCAGGAAACCUGAUCUUACUUGUUUGUUUUUACUUUAGGACAGGUAUCUUCAGGUGUCUCUUCAAAAAUCUGAUGGUAGAUCUUUGAUUGAUCAAAAAGGCUUGGGGACAAAUGCAUGGAUAAUCACCUCUCCCCUAUCAUUUUUGACCCUGUUGAUGAAUGUGUAAUUUUUUAUUACAAUUUUUAAUACAUCUGGAUCAACCCAGUGCUAAUUUUUUUUAAAUACAAGUUUUCUACAGGUAGGACUUCUUAUUUAACAAACAAACCAUUCAUGUUUCAAGAGAAUCAGUAAUGAGUUUGCAACUAAUGAUUAGAAUAAAUUAUCAAAAAAACCCAAAAUAAGCAACAAAGUAACUAAGAGAAAACUGGAAGUUGCAAUUUGCAAAUACUAUUGUGCAUUGUACUAUUCCUGUUAUUUUUCAACCAAUUCAUUUCAUUAAGAAACAAAUACAGUAUCAUUAAGUGAUCUUUCAAGUUAUUCACAACUAAAAAAUUCUGACUCAAAAGUUAUUUUAUCUGUUACUAAUAUAUAAAAUUAGUGAUAGUGUUUCCCUCAUCAUUUCAAUCAAAUGAAUGUCUAGAAGAUUUCCUGAAAGUUGUAGUAAACAUUCAUAUAUCAAUGUCCAGAGACAUAAUUUCAGGUUAUUGAUUAUUUCUUCUCAAUUACAUGUGAAGAAAAUAAUUUCCCAAAAUUUAUUUUGAGGAUUGUACUGAAGUUUGUAAGUCAGAAUAAGAAAAUGGAAUGCGGUGGUGAAACUUUAAGAAGUAGAAAUAGGAAUGUUAUGAAAUCAUUAUUGAGUAAAACUGACACAGCACUUUUGUGAACAUCUGCUGAUGGCAAAACAAUUGCUCAUUUCUGAAUAGUAACUUUACCUGUGAUAAUAAAAUUAUAAACUACAUUUAGUUACAGAAGUAACUAGAUAAAAGUAAUUACCUAAAUGUGACAAAUUAUAUCACGGAUAUCAUGACUAAAUUGACUCAUUUCAUAUUUAAUAUUUGAAUAUGGUCAAGUCCUGGUGGUACAUUUAUCAUAUAGGUAAACGGUUUGAUUUCUAAUAUGUGGAAAUACAUGGAUAUUUGGUACUGACCAGAAUUUUUUGUGGGGUGGGUGUUAAAUUUACAAAGCUAGAAACUCAACAGGUCUGGUAGAGAGAAUCAAAAUUUUCAAGCCUAAGACUUUCAUCAAAACGCGAAGAUUUAAAAAAAGAGAAAUGUUCAUCCUGCCAGAGACCAAAGGGGAACUUCUUCAAGGUUGACUUUCUCACAAGAACUGUUAGACAAUGCUGUAAACAUGUAGCAGGGCAGGCAGUGUCUGUGGAACAAGAAAUAGAGUAAACAUUUCAGAUAUCUGUUCUCUUUACAUUAAUACUGUCGGACCACCAUUUUCUGUUUUAUUUCUUAUUACUUACAUCUGCAAUUUUUGUUUUUGUUCCCCAGACAAGGUCACUGAGACAAACCUUAUUACUGAACGUAAAAUGAGUUGCCUAAUGAUCACUGAGCUCUGAAGGGUGGCUCAGAUGAAAUAAAGGUCCAUGAACAAAUUAACUUGUAUAAGUAGAUGCAUCUAGUUUGGGGUGUGUGGUUGAAGGUAGAAUCCUGUGUUAAAUAGGACAAUAAUGACUGCCUGGUACUAAUUUAAAUCUCCGUUGAGGCCUCAUUCACCACUAUGAUAAGAGGUACUCUCUAAAUAGAUACAAAUGGAGAAUCAAAUAAAAUUCUGCAGUAAAUGUAUCAUAUAAUUUAAAGGAGGUUAAUUGACUUGCAUUUGAUUUGUUUGAGAAGCUUGUUACAGUUCAUAUCUAUCCUGCUGCACAACAAAAAGGUUUCAUUCUCAAUUUAUGUAUAUUUUUGAUUAAAGUAUUUCAUGGAAAUGGCUAUUCCACUUAUAACUGCAUAUUACAAGACAAAUGGGUUUGAUUUUCCAAAUAAUUCUAAUGGAGAAGUGUUGGUAAAUGACCAAAAAAUAUGACAAUAAUGCUCUUAGUUAAGCAAGGUUUGAUUGAUUGAGUGAAUCUUUAUAGAAAUCUGAAACAUUUUUAAAAUGUACAAUGUGGAUGCAUUCAGAGAAAUAUGUGGUUUAUAAAAACUAAAAUGUAUAACAAGGUAC